AUGGGAGGUCGUUGCUCAAGAUUCUCCAUUUGUUGGUGGGGAUCUCAUCACUUGAGGAGCUCUUCAGUCCUCGAAUCCGACGAUUACGAACACGGGGGGAAAUCCGAUCGUAAUGCUCUCCCGCAAUUUUCCGAGUUCAGCCUCGAUGAGCUCAGAUCGGCCACCGACAAUUUCUCGCCGGAAAAUAUCGUCUCCGAGCACGGGGAGAAGGCUCCGAACGUUGUUUACAAAGCUCAGCUCUUUGACGGCGGCCGCAUUGUCGCCGUCAAGAGAUUCAACAAGUCGGCGUGGCCGGAUUCUCGUCAAUUUCUCGAGGAGGCGAGGUCGGUUGGUCAGCUGAGGAGCGAGAGGUUGGCGAAUCUAAUAGGGUGUUGCUGCGAGAGAGAUGAGAGGCUUCUUGUUGCUGAGUUUAUGCCUCAUGAAACCCUAGCCAAACAUCUUUUCCACUGGGAUACACAGCCCAUGAGUUGGGCGAUGAGGAUAAGGGUGGCAUUGUACUUGGCACAGGCGCUGGAGUACUGUGGGAGUAAAGGCCGGGCGUUGUACCAUGAUCUCAAUGCCUAUAGAGUUCUCUUUGAUAUGGAUGGAAAUCCGAGGUUGUCUUGUUUCGGUCUGAUGAAGAAUAGCAGAGAUGGGAAGAGCUAUAGUACCAAUCUGGCAUUUACACCUCCAGAAUAUCUCAGGACAGGAAGAGUGACACCGGAGAGUGUGGUGUACAGCUUUGGCACUCUAUUGCUUGACCUUCUUAGUGGGAAGCACAUUCCUCCUAGUCAUGCACUUGACCUAAUACGUGGUAAAAAUUUUCAAAUGCUGCUGGACUCCUGUCUGGAAGGCCACUUCUCAAAUGAUGAUGGAACUGACUUGGUUCGGUUAGCUUCUCGAUGCUUGCAAUUUGAAGCACGUGAGAGGCCAAAUGCGAAAUCGCUGGUCACUGCCCUUACAUCACUUCAAAAAGAAGCUGAGGUACCAUCAUAUAUAUUGAUGGGCAUUCCUCGCGAGUCCUCAGCUUCAUUGCAACAAAAACCAUUAUCUCCUCUUGGUGAAGCUUGUUCCAGAGGGGACCUCACAGCUAUACAUGAAAUAUUAGAGAAAGUUGGAUACAAGGAUGACGAGGGAAUAGCCAAUGAGCUAUCGUUCCAGAUGUGGACCAACCAGAUGCAGGACACUUUGAACUCUAAGAAGCACGGAGAUAGUGCUUUUCGAGCUAAAGACUUCGGAACUGCAAUUGAUUAUUAUACGCAGUUUAUUGAUUGUGGAACUAUGAUAUCUCCAACUGUAUUUGCACGGCGAUGUUUAUGCUACUUGAUGAAUGAUAUGUCACAAGAAGCUUUAGGUGACGCAAUGCAAGCACAGGUCAUAUCACCCGAGUGGCCUACUGCAUAUUAUCUCCAAGCAGCUUCACUCUCGAGUCUCGGUAUGGACAGGGAUGCUCAAGAAAUUCUCAAGGAGGGGACUAGUCUCGAAACCAAAUGGAACAGUAGAAACUGAAUUAUAAAGCUUUAAUGUUGUCUGCCUCAAUUUCUCUCUUUUGGUGUUCCCGUGUAUCUAAUUCCAAUUUAAUCCAAGUCAUCUUGUUGCCUGUUCUUUUGGUGGUGUUGAUAUGAUCUUGCAGUGUUAUGUAAGGCCAAAUAGUGAAAUACACUGAUAUUUGAAUAGAAGCAGGUUCUCUCAAUUCUUUACUCA